CUCUCUCUCUCUCUCUCUCUCAUGCCUCAGGUCCUCAACUCGUUUCUCUUCUUCCUUGCAAGAGAUCAUGAUGCUGCGGAGUUCUUGGCGGGUGUCUGGAGCUCUCAUGACCAAGAGUGUUUUCAGAGUGGAGCAUCCUCCCUCUUGUUUUCCUCACCGGCUUAAAUCUAUCACGUCUUCCUCUGAUGAUCCAAAAGAUGGAAAUGCUACUGGCAUGCCAGAAUUUAAGAAAUGGCCUAAUGGGGGCGGGCUAUUUCACUCAACUGCUUGUGUUGAUCCUAGUGCAUUCAUAGAAGCCGGUGCCAUAAUUCAUGAGAAUUCUGUACUUGCUAUGGAUGUUCACAUUGGCUCUGGAGCUGUAGUUGGGCCUUCUGUAUCCGUAGGGCAGUCAACCAAAAUCGGGUAUAAUGUGGUGCUGUCUAAUUGCUCUAUUGGCGCAUCAUGUAUAAUCCAUAAUGGCGUAUGCAUAGGUCAAGAUGGUUUUGGAUUUUUCAUAGAUGGGGAGGGAUGUGUACAAAAGAAGCCCCAAUUACUACAUGUAAGAAUUGGAGGCUAUGUGGAGAUAGGUGCAAACUCAUGCAUUGACAGGGGCAGCUGGAGAGACACAGUUGUGGGAGAUCAUACUAAAAUUGAUAAUCUAGUGCAGAUUGGUCACAAUGUAGUUGUUGGAAAAUGUUGUAUGCUCUGUGGACAAGUUGGCAUUGCUGGUUCUGCAACGAUUGGAGAUUAUGUAACCUUAGGAGGAAGGGUUGCUGUUCGAGAUCAUGUCUCCAUUGCUUCAAAGGUUCAGCUUGCUGCAAAUAGCUCUGUAACAAAGGAUAUCAAAGAGUCUGGUGAUUAUGGUGGUUUUCCGGCGGUACCAAUCCAUGAAUGGCGCCGCCAAGCUGUUAAAAUGCGUACAUUGUUGAAGGAUGGUGUGUCUAAAGGAUAGCCACUCGAUGCCUUCUUCUUAAAGGAUACAUAGAGAAAACUCACAAGCCGAACUUUUUUAUGUUUUUUUUUGCAUUUUCUUUACAACUUCAAGACUAUCAGCAACUGUGAAGAUUCAGGAAUAUUGCGCACAACUGUGCUUCAUAUCUGCUGCCUUUUUUGUUUUCUGGAAUUUUUAAGUUUGAAAGAUUGUUCUAUUGCUUUAUGAAUUAAGGAAAUGAAAGAAGAUGCAAUGAUAGAA